CUUCGUUCGAAUUUCUCAAGCACAACGGAGUCGCGAUCGCUUCACGAGAGACGCACUCGUCAGCGACAUCAAAACCGAAAACAACGCAAGAUGGCUUUUCAACCGCCGACAGCCCGGCAAGAGCUUCAGAACCGCAAGAUUCUCGAGGAGCUUCAACAGAAGAAACAGCUGCUCCUCAAGCAGGGCCAAGUGAACGCAAGCCCAGCGGCGCUACCUUCUGCGACGACGGCCAACACGACAGAUGCCCAUGCACUGACCACGUCGCAGAGGACGGCGCUUCAACACGCCCACUCCAGUUCCGUCGGUUUCUUCAUACCGCAGGACUCCUCGUUUGGCAACCUAAUACUGCCCGUUUUGCCGCGGUUUCGACAAGUGAUUGUCGUUCGCUAGCAAUACAACCUUCAGGACAACAAGUGUUCUCACUGUCUCGCCUUCUUUAUUGUCCGAGAUUGGAAUGCAACAUGAUACAUAACCGAUGAACUUGCAA